ACCACCUCCUCCUCCUCACAGAAAGACGGAAAGGUUGUGGAGGACUGACUGAUCCUCUGGUCGGAUGCGGACAAGUUGUCCUGAUCAUCGCAGAGAAUGGUUGACUUGGAGAACGAAGUGCCUCCUCUACCUCCCAGAUACAGAUUUCGGGACUUGCUUCUCGGGGAUCAAGGAUGGCAAACUGAUGAUAGGGUGCAAGUUGAAUUUUACGUGAAUGAAAAUACUUUCAAGGAACGAAUGAAGCUGUUUUUCAUCAAAAAUCAACGGUCAAGUCUAAGGAUACGUCUAUUCAACUUUUCACUCAAGCUACUGAGUUGCUUGUUGUAUAUUAUUCGUGUAUUACUUGAUGAUCCCAGAGAAAGAAAUGGGUGGUCUCCUAUAAUUUGGGUAGAUAGAAGUCUUCCCUUAUGGGGCUUACAGGUUACUGUGGCCUUGAUAAGUUUCUCUGAAACAAUGUUGCUGACUUAUCUCAGCCUUAAGGGGAACAUCUGGGAACAAAUCCUACGAAUACCCUUCAUCCUAGAAAUGAUCAACACUGUGCCCUUUAUCAUCACAAUAUUUUGGUCUCCGUUAAGGAACCUAUUCAUUCCAGUGUUUCUGAACUGUUGGCUAGCCAAGCAUGCCCUGGAAAAUAUGAUUAAUGAUCUUCACAGAGCUAUCCAGCGAACCCAAUCUGCAAUGUUCAACCAAGUUCUUAUUCUUAUAUCCACAUUGCUAUGUCUCAUAUUUACUUGCAUCUGUGGGAUCCAGCAUUUGGAAAGAUCAGGGAAUAACCUGACCCUGUUUGAUUCCCUCUACUUCUGCAUUGUCACAUUCUCCACUGUUGGGUUUGGAGAUGUCACACCCAAGAUCUGGCCGUCAAAGUUAUUGGUUGUCAUCAUGAUCUGUGUUGCCCUUGUCGUGUUGCCUAUACAGUUUGAACAAUUGGCCUACUUAUGGAUGGAGAGACAGAAAUCGGGAGGAAACUACAGUCGCCACAGAGCUCAGACAGAGAAACAUGUUGUGUUGUGCGUCACGUCUUUGAAGAUUGACCUGCUCAUGGAUUUUUUGAAUGAAUUCUACGCUCAUCCUAGACUGCAGGACUACUAUGUGGUAAUUCUUUGUCCUACUGAAAUGGAUGUGCAAGUUCGGAGAGUGUUGCAGAUUCCAAUGUGGUCCCAAAGAGUAAUUUAUCUCCAGGGUUCAGCAUUGAAAGACCAAGAUCUCUUGAGAGCCAAAAUGGACAAUGCUGAGGCCUGCUUUAUUCUUAGUAGCCGGUGCGAACCCGACAGGACAGCUGCUGAUCACCAAACUAUCCUAAGGGCAUGGGCUGUCAAGGACUUCGCACCAAAGUGCCCACUCUAUGUACAGAUUUUGAAGCCUGAGAAUAAAUUUCAUGUCAAAUUUGCAGAUCAUGCCGUUUGUGAGGAAGAGUUCAAAUAUGCUAUGCUUGCCUUAAAUUGUAUUUGUCCAGCCACUUCGACACUGAUUACCUUGCUUGUUCAUACUUCCAGAGGACAAUCAGGACCAUGGGAGGCAUUUAGACAACUAACUGGAACCAAGCAGAUUAUAACAAGGGAUGGCCCGCAGUCUCCUGGACAGUGGCAAAAGUUGUACGGCAAGUGCUCUGGCAACGAAGUCUACCACAUUAAAGUGGAAGAAAGUACAUUCUUUGCAGAGUAUGAGGGGAAGAGUUUUACCUACACCUCAUUUCACGCACAUAAAAAGUAUGGAGCUUGUCUUAUUGGUGUAAAGAGAGAAGAAAACAAAAAUAUUUUACUGAAUCCAGGCCCUCGCUAUAUUAUAAGUUCGACAGACACUUGCUUUUAUAUCAAUAUUGUCAAGGAGGAAAACUCAGCUUUCAAAACACACAAUGAACAAAAUAUAAAUAGUAUUUCAAAUACAACCUACCAUGGAGCUUCAAGAUUGCCUGUUCACAGUAUCAUUGCAAGCAUGGGCACGGUGGCCAUAGAUCUCCAAGAUGCAAGUUGUAAGCCUCCAAGUGGUCCUACCUUGUCUCUUCCUUCAGAGGGAGGUAAAGAAGGGAGGAGGCCCAGUAUUGCUCCUGUUUUAGAAGUGGCCGAUGCAUCGUCUAUACAAACCUGUGACCUUCUAAGUGACCAGUCAGAAGAUGAAGCAAAUCAAUCCGAUGAGGAAGAAUCUUCACUGCCUGAGUAUAUUAAAGGAUAUCCUCCAAACUCCCCUUACAUUGGAAGCUCUCCAACCUUGUGUCACUUACUGCAGGAGAAAAUCUCAUUCUGCUGCCUUAGACUUGAUCAGGGGUGUCAACAUAAUUAUUCUGAAGAUGCAAAAGCAUAUGGAUUCAGAAACAAACUUAUCAUUGUUUCUGCGGAGACCGCUGGAAAUGGAUUAUACAAUUUUAUUGUUCCUCUUCGAGCCUACUACAGACCAAAGAAGGAGUUAAAUCCCAUAGUAUUGCUCCUGGAUAACCCGCCAGAUGUACACUUUCUGGAAGCAAUCUGUUGGUUUCCUAUGGUUUACUACAUGGUUGGCUCUAUUGACAACCUAGAUGACCUGCUUAGGUGUGGAGUAACAUUUGCUGCCAAUAUGGUUGUAGUAGACAAAGAAAGCACAAUGAGUGCCGAGGAGGAUUACAUGGCAGAUGCUAAAACAAUGGUAAAUGUGCAAACGUUAUUCAGGUUAUUCUCCAGUCUCAGUAUUAUCACAGAACUGACCCAUCCAGCUAACAUGAGAUUCAUGCAGUUCAGGGCCAAAGACUGCUACUCAUUGGCUUUGUCUAAACUUGAGAAGAAGGAACGUGAAAAAGGUUCAAAUUUGGCAUUCAUGUUUCGACAACCAUUUGCUGCUGGGAGAGUCUUCAGCAUCAGCAUGCUUGAUACACUGCUGUACCAGUCAUUUGUGAAGGAUUAUAUGAUCUCUAUCACAAGGCUGCUCCUGGGUUUGGAUACGACACCAGGAUCUGGAUUUCUCUGUGCAAUGAAAAUCACAGAGGAUGAUCUAUGGAUUAGGACAUAUGGGCGGCUUUAUCAAAAGCUUUGUUCUUCAACUGGAGACAUUCCCAUUGGUAUUUACCGGACAGAAACACAGAAACUCACAACAUCAGAGUCUAAAAUAUCCAUCAGCGUUGAGGAAUGGGAAGAUACAAAAGACACCAAAGAUUACACCAGCUAUCGCACAAAUCACCACCGGAACUCCACAUCAAGCGAUCAGUCAGAGCAUCCCUUACUGAGACGCAAAAGUAUGCAGUGGGCAAGACGGCUUAGCAGAAAAGCACCAAAACACUCCAACAAAGUGACAGAAAGGAUCAGUCGUCAGCGCUUGACGUUAUGCAAAAGGUCAGAGAGACAAGAACUGGCUCACCUAGUGAAAAAUCGAAUGAAGCACCUAGGCCUUUCACCGACAGGUUAUGAUGAAAUGAAUGAUCACCAGAAUACUCUGUCAUACAUUCUCAUCAAUCCUUCCCCAGAUAUGAGACUGGGACUGAAUGAUAUUGUCUAUCUGAUCCGGCCUGAUCCUCUGGCUUAUGUCCCAAACAGUACCCAUAGUCGUAAGAGCAGCGUCUGCAACAAUAGCGGAGGUGGACAGGACACAAAGGAUGAAACCCAACUUUAAAAUCACUCAAUAUUCUGAAAAAUCUUUAGAAAACCCUUACGUUUCUAAAAGUAAUACAGUUUUCAGCCACCACUUAUCUUUUAAAAAAAAGUUGAAACAGAUGUGUAUGAAGUAACAGUUGUUGAAAAUAGUUUACCUGUGACUAAAGAAAUUAAAUCAGCAUAUUUUAAGCAGUGCAAAUCAAUCUCACUCAGAGUAUUGCAAAUACCUUUGAGCCUUCGGUCAAUAACUAGUCUUUGUAUGCUAACAAUGUCGUACUGUUUCAAUAAACUUCAUCAUCAAUCUCUUUGAAAACCCACAUGACUGAACAGAAGAAAUAUAAUGAAAGGUAUUGCACUCACAGAUCUAUGGCUGCUGCAGGAGUAUUGAGGUCUGACAGCCAAUUGUUGGCAAUUAACACACCGGGAAUAAAUAUUAGUGGGUAAACCAAGUUUAUCACAAGCUAAUUUAUAUUAAAAUUAAUA